AUGUUGACCUUAGCAAUUGGGGAUCUAUAUAUCCCGGAGAGAUCGGUAGAUAUACCAUCCAAAUUCCGUAAGUUAUUAAGUCCCAAUCCAAACUCAAUACCAUCAAACAAUAAAAUAUCUGAAGUUAUAUGUUUGGGGAAUAUAAUCAAUUCCAAUGAUAUAUUGAAAUUUUUAUAUAAUUUAUCGAAUUCAUUCCAUUUAGUCAAGGGAGAGUUCGAUGAUUCACAGAUAUUAUCACAACAAUUGCUUGCAAUCAGUAACAAAGAUAAGCCAAUACCUUUACACAAUGUUAUUGUCCAUGAUAAUUUAAGAAUUGGAUUUACCAAUGGUUACCAAAUAGUUCCAAAAAAUGAUCCAUUAGCUUUACUGAAUGUGGCAAGAGAACUCGAUGUGGAUAUUUUGAUUUGGGGCGGGACCCAUAAGGUCGAAGCUUAUACUCUUGAUGGUAGGUUCUUUAUAAAUCCAGGUAGUGCAACUGGUGCUUAUACCUUUGAUUGGCCAGAACAAGAUGAUGCUCAAGAUAUAGAAGAUGAACUGGAUCUUUUAACGAAUUCAAUCGAUGUUGAAGUCUUAAAUGAAGUCAUUGAAUCAGAUGCAAUCAUUCCUUCAUUCUGUUUAUUAGAUACACAAGGUUCAACUUGUACCUUAUAUAUUUACACCUACUUAGGGGGAGAAGUCAAAGUUGAUAAAGUUACCUACACGAAAGAAUAA